AUGGUCGCGUUUAUCGUAGGCAACAGCCAUCCCGCCAUCCCCGUUUCCGCCAUCCCUACUUCGGGAGAAUUAUCCGCCAAUCCCGCCGCAUCUCCCGCCGGCUCCGCCGCCGCCGCGACCUGCGGUUGCGCAAGCAGGUCGUGCAAGCCGACGAAUUUAGACCGGACGGAUGGAGAGCAGGUUUCGGAUCCUAGCCGUCAGAUCAAUUGUUGCGGAACCGACGGUCAAGAUGCAGGGAAACGUACGGAGCUGAUUCCAGGCUUGCCCGAUGACGUGGCAGUCAAGUGCCUCGCUCGCGUGUCGAUCGUCUGCCACCACAGCUGCAGGGCCGUCUCCCGCACAUGGCGCGCGCUCUUCUCCUCGCUGCUCCUCUUUGCCGCCCGGCGAAUCGAGGGACGGCAGGAGCAGCUGCUCGCGCUCUUCCACGGGGAUCCCUCCGUUUCGGGCGGCUGGCUGCUGCACCAAUCACAGCGCGACACGUGUCCCUCAUCCAACCACUCACAGCGCGGCGACACUUGUCCCUCACCCUCGUCCAACCAAUCACGCAGUCCCACGUGGCGCCGCCGGCGCAUUCCCCCCAUGACCCCCACGCUCAACACCUACGGGUUGUCGGGAUACGGCCUGGCUGCUGCUGACACGUGUCUCUUUCUGAUUGGAGGGACGGUCUUCGACGCCACUGCCUAUCCAUCCGAUCGGCCUGUCCCAACGUCCCGAGUGUUCUCCUUUGAUCUCGUUUCCAACCAAUGGCGCCAGUGUGCUUCCAUGGCGGAUCCUAGGGCUUCGUUCGCAUCUGCCUCCCUCCCUUCUCCUCUGCUUGUCUCUUCCAACAUUAGCAGCAGCAGCGGCGGCGGCGGCGGCGGCGGCAGCGGCGGCGGCAGCGGCGGCGGCGGCAGCAGCAGGAACAGCACGGGUUUGUCAAUCAAGAGAGUUGGCAGAUCUGUGGUGGCAGGGGAAAUGGAGUGCACGGUUAAUAAGGGAGCAGUUUUAGUGGCAGGGGGGAGUCACAGCCCGGCUCCUGCUAUGGCCGGCAGUGUCCAGCUGGCAGCCGCUGAGUGGUAUGACGUGGCAAGUGACACGUGGCAUCCUCUCCCGCCUCUGCCAGAGGCCAGAGGAGGCUGUGUGGGCGCGCUAGUGUCUUCGCCUGCUGGCAGCUGUGAGAGCAUGGGGAGCAGAUGUGACAGUAGCAGGAGCAGGUGUGACAGUACCAGGGCUAGAUGUGACAGGAGCAGCAGGGGCAGAUGUGACAAUAGCGAGGGUAGCUGCAGGGGGGAAUGCGGCAGCGGCAGUGAGAAUAACGCGAUGCUGGUGGUGGUGGGAGGGUUUGGGUCGGAACCGGACUGGCAGGUACCAGCUGGAGUGGUGGGUGCUGCCGCUCCUGUCAGGCCAGUCCGAGCCUUUCUCCCCUCUGCUGGUGCUUGGGUCUCAACCCCCUUGGAUGCCUCAACCCCCUCAGACGUCUCGAAUCCGUCAAACGUGGCGAUGCCGAAUCCAAACCCCGCAGCUGCUAGGGGCGAGCAGGUUUCGAGUCUCUCCUCUGCUCGUGAGGGUGGGUUGAGUCUCGCAGCAGCAGCAGCAGAGGCAAUGAGCGGGGUGUGUUUGCCGGUGGAGCGGCGCAGUGCAGGCCCGGUGGCAGUGCUGCAUGGGCGGCUGUACAUGCUGGCUGCUCUUUUUGAUCCCCGCCACUCGUUCCUUCUUCGGCUGCGGCCGUGCCAGGCGCCUUCCCCCCCAGCAGCACGCCUACUGCCCCAUGACUAA